UCUUGUUGAAUUUUCCCCCAGCUUUCGUUUAUUAUAAAAUAAUAUUGUAUAGAUGGUUUCUUCAAAUAGUUCACCUAGUCCAAGUAGUGACUGUUGUGCUACCACUCUGACAUUAUCCAAACCCCACUCAAGACAAUCAAAUCGAGCCUGCGAUGCUUGUGCCAUCCGUAAAGUUCGAUGUGGACCAGUUAAACCAUGUGCCCAUUGUGUUACUAACAAGUUACAGUGUACUCAACUAAGACAACGUAAAAAAAGUGGUCCCAAAAAUUUACAUAAAAAGACUUUGGCUUCAAUUAAUAAUCUUAUCAAAAAUGAAUCCACUCCAGGUCUUUCUGAUCUGAUCCCUUCCACCAUUUACAACCUGCCCGUACCUGCAUCGGUGACUCCAGUGCCAUCUACUAAUAAUCAUCAACACUCUUUAUUGGAACCUUCAAUGAGAGAUAUCAACGAAAUCUUCGGACUUUUAUCCCUGAAUUCCGUCAUGGUUGAAUUAUUGGAUACUUUAACAGUACUGUCAUUACUUGUAGAUCCGAUUCAAUUAAUGGAAAACUGUUCAAAUCUUCUCCUUAAUAACUUAUUGAAUCAAUCUUUAAGAUUGGUGGUUUAUUCAUUAUUAUUGGUCAUAUUAGAAAAUAUGUUUAGAAUGAUUGAACUGAAUGAUGAUUCAAUAUUGUUAAGAAACCCAAUAAGUCAUUAUAAACAAGUGCAAUCAAACCUUUUGAUUUAUAUCAAUGAGCUUUCUGUCGCUUUAGAAACAGAAAUGAGACUUUCCAUUGAACCAAUCGAUCUGAAAGUUUAUUAUAAUCAUUCCUUAACCUGUUUACAUUUACAUAAUUACCAUCAAAUAAGUAGAGGAAGAAGCACUAGUAGAAAUAGUCGAUUCCUCACUUUAAGACUGGCAAUUACAUACUUGCAGUUAUUAGAACCAACCCAAUUGGCAUUGGGUCAAUUUUAUGAAUUACAUGAAUUACUUUUCAUUGCUGAAAGAAUGGCAAGUUGCUUUAUAUCUGAAUCAAUUAAAUUAUCACACAACAACAAUAAUAUCACCAACCAUUCCCAUACACUUAUUGCAUAUCCUUCAGAUUGUCUUCUUAAAGGAAUUAAUCUUGAAAUGACUAAAUCACUUGAUACCAAGAAUCAACUUUAUAGUUUAUUGCAAAGACCAGAAAUUGAAAAUCAUUUAGGAUUAUUCAAAUUUUUCAAUAACGCUAAUGGACUUUUCAAUCAAAUAUCAGAUCUGUUUCGAGCUAUGGAUAUGUUAACAUAUUGUGCUUCUCAUGGAAUAACUCCCAUGAAACUUGCUAGAGUUAUUGAACAAUUAAAUCAAUGUGAAUUAGAAUAUAGUUCAGUUUCAUCAUCAUGUCUAUUAAUUUUCAUUAAUAUAUUGGUGGCUAAAAUUGAUACUGCUAAAUCAACCCUUGAAGAAAGAAAAUUUUCAAUACCUCCAAGACUUUUAAAUCAUAUUCAAAGAAUUAAUUUGGUUCUUAAGGGAACUGAUCUUGCCACCCUUAUCGUAAGACUGUCACAUCUCCAACUCAUUCCACAACUUUUAACCAUGUUAAGAAUGGUGAUUGAGUUAAAUGAUCAUCGCCAACUUCUGCUGCUGGACAGACAUUUAUUGGUUGAUUUUACUCGGAAUCUUAUAAUUCUUUCCCCUAGUGGAUAUGAUCUCGAUCCAUAUGUUAGAGGAAGCCCUGUCUUGUGUCAUUGGUUCAGCUCCCUUCUGCAAUCAUCCGAAGUUCAAUCCAAUAGUAAUAAUACUCCUAAUAAUUCUAACAAUACUACUAUUGUUGAUAGUUCUUCGAUACAAGUGAAACAAGAAUUUGAUGAUACUCAAAGAAUUAUCUCUUCUCUGGGUACUAGUUCUGCAGCUACAACGAUACCUCCGUCGAUCAUUUCUAAUAUUCCUAGUCCUGGAGGUGUUGGACAAGGACUCUCGUGGGGAGAACAACAAGUAGAUCCGAUUGGUUUUGAUCAAGCAAAAAAUCUAUUUGAUGUAUUCCAUCCAGCAGAAAGUAAUGAAGAUUAUGAAAUGUUUAGAAAUACUUCUCAAAACAAUAGCAAUAGUAUCAGUGAUUUAUUCCUGUACUAUACUGCAACGGCAUAAUUUGGCUAAUAGAAAAAUAUAAGUAUAUUUAUUCAUUA